UUUAAAUCAAAUAUCAAAAUAUGCUCUGAAUAGUGCGUGUGACAUAAUGACGAAUAUCAAAGUGGAAUCCUUAUCCAAUGAAAUCAAUCAAUAUAUGGAAGCAAUAACGAGCUUGAAACAAAUUUGUAUGUCAAGAAUACGAAAUGUAUUCUUAUAUCCUGAUUUUAUAUUCAAUCUUACUGCUUUGGAACGAGAACAGCAAAGGAAGAUAAACUUCUUACAUUCUUUUACAGACAAGAUAGUACAAAAGCAUAUAUAUGCAUUAAACGCACAGAAUGACAUUAAAUAUGGAACAACUCACAAGACAUUUCUUGACAAUAUAAUAGAAAUGUCUUAUCAAGACAAAUAUCCGCAAGAGAUGAUACAUGAUAAUCUAAUAACGAUGUUAAUUGGGGGCAGUGAUACAAUUGCUACUGCGGUAGAUUUUGUGAUUCUUAUGUUAGCCAAUUUUCCACAGAUACAAGAAAAAGUAUAUAGAGAAUUAUGGAAAAUUUAUAAGACAGAAACUCCAAAAUCUGCUCCAAUUAAAUACGAAGAUUUACAACAUAUGGAUUAUUUGGAUCGUGUCAUUAAAGAAACUAUGAGAUUAUUUCCUAGUAUUCCUUUAAUUGGGCGAUAUUUAACAAAGGAUAUAAAAAUAGGAGAGAAUAUCUUGCCAAAAGACACUGAUGUUAUCUUGAGUAUACUGGAUCUACACCGAAAUAAAAAAUAUUGGCCUAAUCCAUUGGUAUUUGACCCGGACAGAUUCCUCUCUGAGAAAAUAGAAACAUCUUACAAACAUUACAUGCCAUUUGGUUAUGGACUCAGGAAUUGUAUAGGUAUGAGAUAUGCAAUGAUUUCAAUGAAAGUUAUCUUAGCAGUUUUGAUAAGAACAUUUAUGUUCAAAGUAGAGAAAAGUGUUCAAAUAGAUAAAAUUAAAUUAAAUAUGAAUAUAAUAUUAUGUACUAAUGAACCUAUACAGGUCAUUAUGAAAAAACGAGAAUUACAUUAA